AUGGGUGACUCGGCCAGGCAAGCCGGCGACCCGCCUCCGAGAGCAGCUCCCCAAACAUCUCGCAUCGUUCGCGCUCAAAAAUCCGCUCGCAGUCUGCCGCGGCUUCCACUUCCGUGCCGCCCCUCCUACGAGAACCCCGCUCCCGCGAGCACCCUGUCGAGGCCGCCACAGGCCGCCAUCAGCAAUCCCACAGACAGCGCUGAUGACGCGAAACCCGCCGAAAGAGCGCCCAGAAAGCCUGCUCAGCAGCGAUUGACCUCGGCGAUCGCUGGCCGUGCCGGGCCUCCUCAGCAGCAGCCCUCGUCCCGCAACCUCCCACGACAACAGCGCAACAACUACACCGCCUUCCCCGCUGAUCAACCCGAGGACCGCCCCAGAUGUGCCCCCGCGCCGGCCUCGGGUAUGUACUGGUCCAAGGCACCCGUUUCCGGAAUCGCGCACCCUUCUCUCCGAGCCCACACCACGACUCUUGUUGGUUCCAACAUUUUCGUCUUCGGAGGCUGUGACUCCAAAGCCUGCUUCAAGGACUUGUACGUCUUUGACGCCGACUCUUUCCAUUGGUCUCGCCCCUACGUCGCUGGGGACAUCCCGCUUCCCCUUCGUGCCAUGACAUGUACCGCUGUCGGCAAGAAACUAGUCGUCUUCGGCGGAGGUGAUGGCCCGGCAUAUUAUAACGAUGUGUAUGUCCUAGACACCGUCAACUUCAAAUGGAGCAAGCCUCGCAUAGUUGGCGACAGGGUCCCGUCCAAGCGGCGCGCGCAUACGGCCUGCCUCCACAAGAACGGCAUCUAUGUUUUUGGCGGCGGCGACGGCGUGCGGGCCCUCAACGACAUUUGGCGUCUUGACGUCAGUGAUAUGAGCAAGAUGUCCUGGAAACUUGUGUCCAGCCCUGAUAAACCAUCAAACAACGGCGGUAGGGAUGCGCGCCCAAAGGCGCGCGGCUACCACACCGCCAACAUGGCUGACGGAAAGCUCAUAAUAUUCGGUGGCUCGGACGGCGGCGAAUGCUUCAACGACGUGUGGGCUUACGAUAUUGAGAAGCACGUGUGGAAAGCGGUCAACAUCCCCGUCACCUUUCGUCGCCUCUCCCACACAUCCACCAUUGUGGGAUCCUACCUCUUCGUCGUAGGCGGCCACGACGGCAACGAGUACUCUAAUGAGGUCCUUCUCCUAAACCUCGUUACGAUGACCUGGGACACGCGCAAAAUUUACGGCCUACCCCCAAGCGGACGGGGUUACCAUGGCACCGUGCUCUACGACAGUCGACUCUUCAUCAUCGGGGGUUUGACGGCAGUGAAGUGUUUAGCGACGUUUGGCUUUUAG